AUGGCCUCCUCCUCGUCCUUCACUGGACGGCUUCAGCUGUCGACCGUCGCGCGGUCGGCUCCUGCUGCUUCACCCGCGUCCACCGCAAGCUCGCUCAGGCAACAACCUGCUGCUGCGGCUGGAUCGCACGUCCAUUCCGCUCGCUGCUCGCAUGAACCUGAUAAUGCGAAUGCCAGCACGGAACAGCCGAAAGAUGUUCCUAGCGCCACCAUCACCACCACCACCACCAGCAGCGCCAGCAGUCGCCGGCAGCUGUUGUGCGGCGCGUGCGGAACGGCAGUGGCAGCGGCGGUGGCGGCGGUGUCAGGUGACGCGAGGGCGGAGAUCAUUCCCGCUCCUCCCUCCAACUCCUCCGUCUGCCGCAACUGCCAGGGCGCCGGCGCUGUUGUCUGCGACAUGUGUGGUGGUACGGGCAAGUGGAAGGCGCUGAACCGCAAGAGAGCCAAGGACACGUACGAAUUCACCGAGUGCCCCAACUGCUACGGUCGAGGCAAGCUGGUGUGCCCGGUGUGUCUGGGCACGGGAGUUGGGAACGCCAAGGGGUUGCUGCGGCGGCCCGAGGCGAAGCAACUGCUGGAUCAGAUGUACCACGGCCGCCUGCUGCCCCCCUCCUAG